GUUUAGCGAAGAUGGUGCCGAAAUCUUUAUUACUUCUAGUAAUCACCUUAUUAUUUUGUACCUUUGUCAAGGCACAACCAGGUUCAAGAAUAUUUGGUGGCAAAGAUGCAGAAGUUGGACAAUUCCCCCACCAGGUGGCGCUUUAUAUUGCUGGUGAUUUUACUUGUGGUGGAUCUAUUAUUAGCUCUCGUUACAUUUUGACAGCUGCUCAUUGUGUUAAUAAUGGACAUUUAAUUGAACCUAUUGCCGCAAGGGAUGUAACAAUUCGUGUAGGAAGUAUUCAACUACUGGCCGGUGGAAAAAUAGUUGCAGUGAAAAAUAUUAUAAUACGUGAAACUUUCGGAAAUUGGUUAGAUGACAUUGCCCUAUUGGAAUUGCAAGAAGAACUUGUAUUCACUGAGAAUAUUCAAAAAAUUGACUUAUUCACUGGUGAAGUACCAAAAAAUGCACCAAUUGUCAUUUCUGGUUGGGGACUUUUAAAUUAUAAUGGACAAAGUCCACAACGCUUACAAUAUGGUACUUUGCGAAAAUUAGAUCCAUCAGAGUGUGAUGCAGAAAUUGGCUAUGGAAUUGACUCAAUUAUUUGUCUAGGUCAUGAUGUUAAUAAUGGAGCUUGUACUGGUGAUGCUGGUGGUCCAGCUACGUACGAUGGCAAAUUGGUGGGAGUAAAUAGUUUUAUUGUUUAUGGAUGUGGUAGUUGGAAACCUGAUGCUUUUGGCAAAGUAAGCUAUCAUCGUGAUUGGAUAAUUGCAAAUAUGAGUUAA